AUGAUCACUUCAUGGAAUGUAAGGGGUCUAAAUAAAGAUGCAAAGCACAGAGAGGUUAACUCCUUCCUCUAUACUGUACAGGUACCUAUUGUAGCUUUGUUGGAAACUAUAGUUAAACAAAUAAAUGCUGAAAGGAUUAGAAAAAGUUUUGGUAGCAUGUGGAACUUCAUAGACAAUUAUUCCCAUCAUCAUAAUGGUCGCAUAUGGCUGCUAUGGAAAAGUCAGGAGGUUAACAUCAGAGUUUUGCAAGUUGAGGAGCAAUAUAUCCAUAUAGAGGUGUUGGGCCUGGACAACAGAACUUGCUAUCUAGCUACUAUUGUGUAUGCCUAUAAUCAACUGGAGAGAAGACUAGAUUUGUGGAAGCAAAUUGAUAGCCUUGGGAGCAAUGUGACUAUUCCUUGGAUAGUUUUGGGGGAUUACAAUAAUGUGAGGACUUGUCAAGACAGAAUAGGAGGUAAUCCUGUUAGUGUUAAGGAGUACAGAGAUCUGGAUGAUAUGAUGCAAAGGCUUGGCUUGUUUGAGGCUCCUACCAGGGGGUGUCAUUUCACAUGGUCCAAUAAACAAUCCUCAGGAGUUAUCUAUUCCAGAAUAGAUAGAGUUAUAGGGAAUGUGCAAUGGUUCCAGACUUUCCAGGAUGUCAUUGUUGAAGUGCUGCCUCCAGGAAUAUCUGAUCAUUCACCAAUUAGAGUCAGCUGCCUUACUCCACAGGCUGGAAGGAGAACAAUGUUCAAAUUCAUCAAUUGUGUCACUAGGAGGGAAGGAUUUCAGGAUGUUGUCAGAUAUAGCUGGUGUCAACAGGCCCAUGGGACUGCUAUGCAUAGGCUUUGGGUGAAACUGAAAAGACUUCAAGCUCCUCUUAGGCCUCUCCACAAGAACUUCACAGGGAUUCAAAUUCAAAUUCAGCAAGCACGGCAGGACUUGAUUGAGGCCCAGCAGAAUUUGCAGACUGAUUUGUUCGAUGGUAAUGCUAUAGACAGUGUGAAAGUGCAUACUAAUACACUCUUGGAGCUCCAUCGUGUGGAGGAAGAGUUCCUGAGACAGAAGGCCAAGAUUGACUGGCUCAAUCUUGGGGAUGGUAACUAG